AUGGCUGAUAUGCUGCAGCGAGCAGGCAGCAUCGUGAAACAGCUUCUGAAGCACAGGUUCGGAUGGGUGUUUGCCGAGCCUGUGGAUGCGGAAAGUUUAGGUCUGCCCGACUACCAUGAUAUCAUCAGCCACCCCAUGGACCUGGGCACCAUCCGCUCCCACCUCGUCCAAUCGCUCGCUGCCACGCGUGCAGACGGGGCAGGCGAGGGAAAAGUGGGAGAAGAGGGAAAAGAAGCAGAACCUACGGGUGGUGCAGCAGCCGCUGCAUCCGAUGCUGCUUCUGCUGCUGCUGCUGCUGCUGCUGCUGCGGGUGCUGUUGCUGCAGCUGCUAUCAGUGCUGCAUUGCAGCCCCCUCAUUACAGUCACGUCACUGAGGUGGCACGGGAUGUGCGUCUGGUGUUUGCGAAUGCGAUGAAGUACAAUGGACCAGGGUCGGAGGUAUACCUCAUGGCCCAGGCUCUCUCGGACCGAUUCGAGGAGAAGUGGCAAGCUGUGAUGGUGCCGAGAAUACAAGAGGAGGAGAAGAGAAGGCGCACGGAGGAGGAGCAGCUACAGGCGUUUGAGAGCCGUGUGAAGGCAGAGGCGGAGGAGGCAGCAAUGGACGGUCGUGCGAGACAGAUAGCCGCUGAGACAUCCCAUGUGGAUCAGCAGCUGCUUGAGCUGCGAGACUCCAUCGCCCCGCUCUGCCG